UUAUAAGAUAUGAUAAUAUAAAAUAGGAUGUUAAAAUGUAUUCUGCAGCGGGGAUAUAUCAGUAUUAAAGAACGUUUGCAAAUAUGUUUGUAUAUCUAUAGACUUGACAACUAAAACACGUCAAACAUUUCUUCAAUUUUUCUUCUUUUUUGUUUUUUUAACAACGCAAGGGAUAGCGUCAUGACGUACAGACGUACCCGGCGUAACGCGUCAUAUCUUCCAACACAACCACCGCUUCCUGGCCGGCCCAGGCAGGCGCCUCAGGCCCCGCUCCCUACUGAACCGCUAUCCGCUAAUUAUCACCGUUCACCGGCAAACACACAGCCUCCUCCGCCCGGUUUGUGGAGCUGCAGCCGAAAUGAGUGAACGAAACGGCAGGUAUCUUUAAAGUAGUCCUGGGACUCGCUGUUCCUCGCAGCAACAAUAAGCAGCAUCAGUGAUGGAUUAAGUACAUUUACUCAAGCGUUGGGGCUGGAGGAAGGUUGAGAUUGAGGCGUAGCAGGCGUGGUGAUGGUGUUAGACUCAGUUGAAGUCUUCAUGGAUCAGGUUGAGGGUGAAAGUGUUGGGAGCAGCAGGGACCUGAUGGAGCCAGACGUCCAAGCAGAUCCACCCGAAACCACAGGGACGCCCACACCUCCCGCCAAAAAGAGCAAUGUUACCAAUAAGGAGAAAGUGUCCCAAAACGGACUUCCGGCCCAGACGAACAGCAGCCAGGCACAGAGGAGGCCAUCAUCAUCAUCAUCAUCAAAAGGCGGGGCCAUGCCAAGACCGCCGCUCCGCCGCCCCCUCAGCCUGGAGAUGACACCCCAGCGGCUGCGAGGGUCUCAGGAGCAGAUGGCAGACAGGCGGAUUCUGCAGCCCCCUUGGCGCAGUGGUUCGGCCGCCCCCUCGCCCCCGACACGCAGCCUGACCAGCCCCAGCCUGGGCGCAGGCGGAUGGAUGCGGCGCAGCGAGAGCACCUGCUCCGUCAACUAUUCCCUCGGGCUACGCGCCAGCAGGGGGCAAAUGCGGCCUGCCACCUCCCUGCCACACAUACCUAAGGGGGUGGCAGGGAGGACACUACCCACAUCGUCCAGGCCCUGCCUUCUGGUGGCCCUCAGGCCUCUCAACCUGGAGCAGGAGAAGCAGACUUUCUUCCAGUCCGACUACAAGUACGAGCCUCAGUUUGAGUACGCUCAGCCGGAGCCGAGGAGCGUGUUGGACAAGUACCGAGAGGGCUCCGGCCUCUUCCUGGAACAGGCGGUUGGUAUCAUGGAGUGUGUUCUGAGGAAGUUUGGCUCCUAUGAGAACUUCGAGGUGGUAACAGGUGGCAGCAUCCUCCCUAAAAGUCAAGUCUGGGCUGCUGUACGUAAAUAUCUGCAGAAAGAAGGCUGUGUGGGAGAGGUAGUGGUACGUCUCUCCGACGAGCUGCUGUCUCAGGCGGUGAUGGUGGUGGAGAGCUGCCGCCCCACCCUAACCAUUAACCUGGCCGGAGCUCGGCAGUACUGGCUGGAGGGGAUGCUGCGACAUGAGAUCGGUACACAUUACCUGCGCGGGGUGAACAACAACCUGCAGCCGUGGUGCACCACUGAAGGCAGGAAGCAGUUCGGCCUCAAACCGGCCAAUCCCACAGAGGAAGGCCUGGCCAGCUUGCACAGCGUAUUGCUACGGAAACAGCCCUACCUGUGGCGCGCCGCCCUGCUGUACUACACCGUGUACCACGCUGCCAGCAUGAGCUUCAGCCGCCUCUUCAGCCACAUCGCCCGCUUCGUACAGGACCCAGGCGUCCGCUGGGAGUACUGCCUGAGGGCCAAGAGGGGACAGACGGACACCUCUGAGCCUGGUUGCUUCAGUAAAGAUCAGGUUUACCUGGAUGGGAUCCUUCGUAUCCUUAGGCACCGAAGGAACAUUGACUUCAAGAUGUUGACUUCUUUAGGAAAGGUGUCUUUCCAAGACGUGGAGAGGCUGCGCCACCUGGCCGUCCUCCCACGGACCAGAAUCCCUCACUUCAUGCGGGACCAGGAGCGUUACCUGCAACACCUGGAUCACAUUGUCUCCGUCAACGAACUGGACGAUUCAGCGCUGCAACACCUGCUACCCUGAAACCCUCCCAGCCCCACCCGAAUCAAGGAAGAAGAAGACGUGGAGGUACAGAGACUAGAACAUGUGGUGCGUUCGAUAUCACUAAAACAAAUCAGUAUUAUGCUUUAUUUGAGCAAUUUUUUUUUGUAAAAACUUGAAUGUUACAAACAAAAAGGGACAAACAAACUAACACCUCUAUCUACAUUUUGUCCAAUGCAUGUCCUCUCCUCGCCUUUACUCCUAUUAUAAAGUUACCUCAAUACUGCAACUCUACGAUGUAACCAACAUUAUAUAUGUAGACUCAUACAUAAUCACUGCACUCAGCGCCUGUACAAGACACCAAUAACAUGUCAUGUACAGAUUUAAACAUAAUCACAUGCUUAUUUAUGCAAUUAUUUAAGUUUUUUUACUUUCAAGAGAACACACCGAAUGUCUCUGGUCUUAGCUUUAUACCUUUUUUAUUUUAGACAUCAUUGCUUUUAUGCCUUAGAUAUUUUGCAUUGUUUAAAAGACACCAAGGACAGACAUAUUAUGAAUACCCUGGGGAUGUAUUUACUGACACCAGGAAUCUUUAAGAUAUCAAGUGCCAGUAGACUUGGUUAAGUAUUUAUCCUGUCCCAGGGUGCUUUUUAAAAAUUUCAGUGUUAUUAGGAAGUAAAGUCUAAGCUGUCUAAGCCGUGUCCUUGGUGCUCUUUUCAUAUCAAUAAGCUACUGUGAUGUGACCCCGUCCCCAAGCUCCCUCUCUGCAGAAGCCAAACUUUCUUAUGCUAAUUUGAAGGAUAUUUUUUUCUUACAGAAAUGUAGAUGAGAAGAUUGAUGUCAGUCUCAUGUAACAGCUAGCCUGGCUCUGUCGGAAACAUAAAAAUAACGAUUGACAACAAUCACAGCUUAGAUACUCUAACUUAAUCCGUUGAGUCUAGAUCCAAGAGAUAUAUAUGUUGUUUGCAAAGCUUGUCUUUCUCAAACCAAAAAUAGAAGAACCAGGAGAAAGGAUGGUGAGUUGCUUUUGCUCAAACGUUAGCAUGUCUGGCUAAUUAUCCAAUGUCCAAAGCCAAGACGCAUAUCAUUAACUAAUAAUUUAUGUUUAUGUAGUUAAAGGACCACACUCAUGACCAAAACAUCUGCUGUGCAGUACUUCAUCACAGUGUUUAUGCUAAUGUUAGCGGCUCCGUCCCACUCCUGAGUUUGGAGAAAUGUUUUUCUUGUGAAGAUAAGAACAUGACAUGUUUGUAAGUUCAGAGCUGUGUUAGAACGACAGAGCAGUCUGAACAUACAUGUUUUCUAAACAAAAGCAAUGAGGAGCUGUUUUUUCUUCACUUUUGUACAAAAUCAUCAUGGCUUAGCCCAGUCAAUUUUCCACUAAAAUUAUGACUGCAAAUAACACUGCGUACAAAAAGGACAUUUUCGUGACAGAGCUAAGCUAGCUGUUCCCUCCAUAGCUGUUGCUAUUGCUUCAUAUUUAACACCUGCCCUGUUGAGUGGUAUCAAUGUUCUCCUCUAGCUCUCUGCAAACUAAGCCAAUGAGUGAAUUUUUUCAUGUAAAAAAAGUGCCAAGCGGCAAUAAAAAUUCACUGUCAGGCUUUUAGAAAAGCAGCCAUUUAUCACUUGCUGAGGGGAAAGCAGGGGUGUUGUGGGUGUGCCUUCGAUGGGUGUAGAGCUCAUCAGCCGUAGCUAACCGUGUGUUUGUAGGCUGCUUUUUAUUAUGUGUUUGACACUUGAACUUCAGAUGUCAGUCAGGGCAUUCAGUUUGGGCCAGGCCGUCUUUGAGCUGAACUUAAGCCGGGAUGUGUGCUAAACAGCAUUAGUAGUUCCAGUUUUUAACUUAAAAAUACCACUUGACAAAAUGUGAAUUCUACUCAUGUGGUGCAUUUUAAAUACUUUGGAUCCGAAGACCAUUGUGUAAUUGAACAAUUGAUUCUGCUGUGUUUACAAAUUCAGCCAUUGGGUAAGCAGGUGUACGUUUUAAAAUUUGAGCAGGUGGUCCUCUGCUGACCUCAAACAUUUGCCCUGGAUUUGCCGAAAUGAAUGCACCUAUUUGUAACGCACGAAUGUUGCACAAGUGUUUUAUGUUCUGGAAAACAUCUUGAAGUUCCAGUUUAUUUAUUAAAAAGUACACACAUUUAA